CUGGGCCAGGGUGCCGGGCAAAGAAGAGAAACAAGGGGGAAAAAACCGGGGGAUAAACUCUUCGCAGGCGGAGGAAAAGAAGAAGAAGGUGGAGCCCAAAGGAGAGGGCAGGCUCUCCAGCUCCAUGUGGCCGCCGCCGCCGCGGGGCUUGGCGGGGGCAGAGGGCGGCGGCCCCAGGGACAAGGCGUAGCGGGACGGAUUGCCCAAUACAGCGGCAGGGGCCGGGUCCCGGGAUAAAUAGCCGCCCGGUACCGAUCUGCAGGGGAGAGCCGCAGCCGCGGUCCGCACCGCACCAUCUGCCCGGCCUGCGCCGGGUGCUGCGCCCCGGAGCCCCCUCCGAGGCCGGUACUCAGGCUCAUAUUACUGUUCCACUAGUGUGAGGAAUUGCUGUGUCCCCUGUUUCCCAGAUGACUCCAGUCAUUCUCUUCUUAGUCUGAACAGGAGAGGCAUAUUCCAAUUAAUGCAUGUGUGGUCAGAAGUGGCCAUAGAAGACAUGGAGCCGUACAGCCAGUGCCUGCCCUGACCUACAGAAGACACUGCCUUGAUUUCAUCUUACAAUGGAAUUUAAAAAGUCACCUGAUGGUGGAUGGGGCUGGGUAAUUGUGCUCGUCUCCUUCUUCACCCAGUUUUUGUGUUACGGAUCCCCAUUAGCUGUUGGAGUCUUAUAUGUAGAAUGGUUGGGCUUUGGUGAAGGGAAAGGAAAAACAGCCUGGGUCGGAUCUCUAGCCAGUGGAGUUGGCUUGCUUGCAAGUCCUAUCUGCAGUCUCUGUGUCUCAUCUUUUGGAGCAAGAUCUGUCACAAUCUUCAGUGGCUUCAUGGUGGCUGGAGGCCUGAUGUUGAGCAGUUUUGCCCCCAAUAUCUACUUUCUGCUUUUUUCCUAUGGCAUUGUUGUAGGUCUCGGAUGUGGUUUAUUAUACACUGCAACAGUGACCAUUACGUGCCAGUAUUUUGACAGCCGACGAGGCCUGGCACUUGGCCUGAUCUCAACAGGUUCAAGCGUUGGCCUUUUUAUUUAUGCUGCCCUGCAGAGGAUGCUGAUUGAGUUCUAUGGACUAGAUGGAUGCUUGCUGAUUGUGGGUGCUUUAGCUUUAAACAUAUUAGCCUGUGGUAGUCUGAUGAGACCCCUCCAGGCCUCCAAUUGUCCUUUACCUGAAAAAACAGCUCUGGAAAAUGUGGCAGAGACUUACUCCAUUUACAGUGAAAAAGAAAAGAACCUGGAAGAAAACAUACACAUUCUUGACAAGAGCUACAGUAUCGAGGAAAAAUGCAAGGGCACUUUGGCCAAUGGUGACUGGAAACAGGACAGUCUGCUUCAUAAAAACCCUACAUCAAUGGCUCACACGAAAGAGCCUGAGACAUACAAAAAGAAAGUUGCUGAGCAGACAUAUUUUUGCAAACAGCUUGCCAAGAGGAAAUGGCAAUUAUAUAAAAACUACUGUGGCGAGACAGUGUCUCUCUUUAAAAACAAAGUAUUUUCAGCUCUUUUCAUUGCUAUCUUACUUUUUGACAUUGGAGGGUUUCCACCUUCAUUACUUAUGGAAGAUGUAGCAAGAAGUUCAAAUGUGAAAGAAGAGGAGUUUUUUAUGCCUCUUAUUUCCAUUAUAGGCAUUAUGACAGCAGUUGGCAAGCUCCUUUUAGGAAUCUUGGCGGACUUCAAGUGGAUUAAUACCUUAUAUCUUUAUGUAGCUACCUUAAUAAUCAUGGGCCUGGCCUUGUGUGCAAUUCCAUUUGCCAAAAGUUAUGUCACAUUGGCAAUACUUUCUGGGAUCUUAGGGUUCCUUACUGGUAAUUGGUCCAUCUUUCCAUAUGUGACCACAAAUACUGUGGGAAUUGAAAAACUAGCUCAUGCCUAUGGAAUAUUAAUGUUUUUUGCUGGACUUGGAAAUAGCCUUGGACCACCAAUUGUUGGUUGGUUUUAUGACUGGACCCAGACCUAUGAUAUUGCAUUUUAUUUUAGUGGCUUCUGUGUUCUACUGGGAGGUUUUAUUCUGCUGCUGGCAGCCUUGCCCUCCUGGGAUACAUGCAACAACAAACUCCCUAAGCCAACUCCAGCAACAUUUCUGUACAAAGUUGCUUCUAAUGUUUAGAAGAAUAUUGGAAGUCGCUUUUUUGCCAUUUUAUACCAUAUAGCAAAACAUAUUUUUAAAAAUUCUCAAGCAAAUUCUCUACAGUUAAAGACUUUCCUCACAGCAAAAUUUCACUGUGGCUAAAAUUUCACUGUGGCUGACUCUGAAUGUGGAUUUUUUAAAACAUAUUUUAUUCUUUAUGUACUGUAUGUGUAGCCUUUGUCCCCUAUAUUUUCCUCCACGUUCCCUCCCCGAAAGUAGACUAUUCUGUUCUACUAUUAUUCAUUAGUUUUUAAUAUUAUAAAAUAUUUGGCCAGCCUCUGAAAACUUUCUCUGUGUAAAGAAAUAUAAAUUUUCUACUAACUCCUUUAGUUCUACUACAAGACACCCAGAGGGUUCUCUUUGAUUUUAAAAUUGCUGCAUGCUGGGCAUGGUGGCACACACCAGUUGUACUUUCUGGAACCCAGGAGGCUGAGGUAGGAGCAUCACAAGAUCCAGGCCAACCUGGGACAACUUAGUGAGACCUUUUCUUAAAAUAAAACAUAAAAAGGCUGGGAUGUAACCCAUUGGUAAAGUGUCCCUGGGUUCAAUCCCCAGUACUCCCCAAAAUUAGAAAUAAAAAUAAAAAAUAAAACUGAUGCAAACCUCAUGAUGGGACAUGUAUGAAGGUCACUAGAGAGUAAAUGACUUCCUUCUCUGUUAGACCUGCUAGUCAGUGGAAGACAUAAAGCCAUUUCAUUUCCAGAAAUGAAAGUAGUUAUAAAAACAACAUUAGGCCAGGAAUCCUGUGACUCAGAUGGCUAAGGCAGGAGAAUUACAAAUUCUAGGCUAGUCACAGCAAUUUAUCAAGACCCAGUCUCAAAAUAAAAUAUAAAGGACUGAGGAUGUAGCUCAGGGGUAGCAUGUCCUGGGUUCAAUCUCCAGUACUACCAAACAAACAAACAAACAAACAGAAAACAGCAUUAAAAUUGCAGUGGAACAAAUUGAUCACUUAAAAAAAGAUAUUUCAAAUUGCAGUCAUCAGUUUUCAUUAUUCUGUUUUAUUUACCUUAAAGUACUCAUGUGGUGUUUGGGGCCCAUUGUGCAUCAACUGUUUCUUGACUUCUAAGGUGUCUGCUGAGAUGCAGGCAAACUCUAGAGCAGCAGCCACCAUAGCCCUUUUUCAUGGUUGUCCACUAGAACCUCGCUCACUUGUGUGUCAUCAUCCACUCAGCUGACGUUUCACAAGAAGUGCUGAUUUUACCCAUUUCCAAACUGGAAAUGUAUUUUUCAGCCAUUCCUCCUGGCAAAUGGAAAAUAUCCAUUUGCUUUGGGCACAGUGGAGAUGGGUUGCAAACCCUUGCAUAUCUUCCUGAUAAAGCAUGUAUUUGCUACUAUCAGAUAUUACCACUAUCAAAUUUUAGUUCAAGGGCAGAACUAAGAAGUGGGGGGGGGGGUGUUUGUGUGUGCGCACGCGCGCGUGUGUACUUGUGUGUACUCUGAGUCUGUGUGGGACAUGGGAAGGAAAAAAAACUAUAAGUUGAUAUCCUCUCCAAUCUCACUUAAUCUUAAGAAUAAUGUUCUAGGAAGAAAAUAAUAUUUAAUAAAUUGAUAGUUUUUCCCUCUAAGGAAAUGGGGUUUUUAAACUUUGGUGUGUAUCUGAAUCCCCUAUAGAUCUUUCAGAAAAUAUCGGGGACAGGGUAUGCUUACAGAUUUUAAUUCUGAAUUUUUUAUUUCUGUAAGUCUAUUUGGCUGUGGCCCAAGCAUCUAUAUUUCUAACAAACUCUACAAAUGAUUCUAAUAAUAAGGCCUGGGUUGCAAAUGACUGUUAAAAGAGAUAGACGAUAAGGAAACAUUUAUUCUCUUCAAAAAAUAAAAACAAAGUCACGAGGUCAGAGGUUUUUAUAAAUAGCCAAGUAGUCUUUAAAUAGAAUCCUUCCCAUUGUGCCAAAAUUGUCUUUUCAUUUCUUUUGAAAUACGUGAUUAUUUUUAUACUUCUAUUUUGCCUUUCUUCAAAGGCGCCUGAGGCACUUUAUUAGAAUGAGCCCUCACAACACCUCUGUGAGGUAGGUAAAUAGUACUUUCCUGUGUGGUAAACUUGGAAUGUGGAGAAUUCAUAACUGAGUUAAUCCUACUCAAUAUGCAAUAACAGGGCUCCAAGUCUCCUUGGACUUCUGCUCCAUACUCAGACUUCUGGAGAGUUUUCUGUACCUCAUUCUUUAGUCACUGUCAAGGUUAGUAAAAUAAAUGAACAAAUGACAUUUAAAAGAAAAAAAUAAAUAAAAACCAGCUACAUGUUUUUGUAUUGAAGAUUCCUUUUUGCCAAUAUUAUGUUUGAUAAAGUCAGUAAUCUGAAAAGGUUUGACUUUAUGCUGUCUCUGCAUUUAUCAAUGUUGAUAAUUAUCCAAAUGUAUCCACCAUGUCUACUAAUACCAUCCGAUGUGGGCAUUAUCCAUUGUCUAGGGGAUGAAUUUUAAGUUACAAUAAAUAUUUUU